CUGAGGUUUUCCAAUGACAACUGUGAAACAUUACAUCUUCUCUGAGAUUCAAUAGUGGAAAUCCAAGUAGAGACCGAUUACUUCAAUCAAAUGCUUUAAGCCCCACCGUUGAAUAGGCCGACUAAGGGCAACAUGGGCACCCAUGUAGUUUAUGCAAAUGUCCCUGCGGACGGGGAAAAUCGGGGAGGGUUAUUCAAAGAUAUGAAAUUUUGGAUCUCCGCAAAAUGCCCUCUGAGAAAUCGGUUCAAGGAUGAUGUGUUGAGAAACGGGGGCGAAGUAGUCCAACGUGAACAAGAAGCCCAUUACCUGAUCAUUGACCAUCUAAAGGAUAAUGGCCCGGGAAAACACUCGUAUAAAUAUAUUGAAGAUUGCCUAAAGGCGGGUCGGGUUCUGGAUGCAUCGGACUAUGAGCAAAAGCCUAUCUCGCGUGGCAUGGGUGACGAUCAUGAUAGAGUAAGGCGUAUAGCGACCCCAGUCGGACGGCAUCGCGGCGGUUCAACCAGGAAAUUUUUCACGGUCGAGGAGGACCAGUUGCUCUAUGACUGUGCGAUUUUUGCCGAACAGAACGGUGAAAAGCUUGGUGGUAACGAAUUUUGGAGAAAAAUUGAAGCAAAGUUUCCUCGUCACACUUUUCACUCAUGGAGGGAUCGGUGGCACAAGUAUCUGAAGUACAACCCAAGGCCGGAACUCACGCGUGGUCAGUCGAGGACGGCAGCUAGGGAGCAGCAGAACAGUUGUCAUGAUGAUAGUGUUGAAAAUCAGCCAGACCCACCAUUAGAUCAGACGAAUUCAGACGGGCCGACAUUAGAAGCCAAAAUGGAGACUUUACCACCGUCUUCGGAACCAAAACUUUCGAUGCGUGACGCACAGAUUGAAGUGGCUCCACCAAAGGAGGAAGGAAGCACUGAUAAUAAUAUGGCUGGAGAUCCUAGUCCAAUUGUUUCUCGGAUCUCUGAAACAGAGCUUCAACGUUCACAGCAAUCCCUGCAGAUGCCACAGAAAGCACAGGCAGAGAACGAGCGACAAUUGGACGUCCAGUCCAGAGACAAUCGUCAUGAAAGAGAUAAACAGCACGAGCCAUAUUUCCACAAUAAGCCAAGGAAGCGCACUCAUGACGAAGAGGCAGAGGUGAAAGAACCGCAAAUGCCGAUGCAACCUCAUCCCUCAAAGCGCCAGAGAAGUCCAACCUCUAGGCAAACCAUACAGUCCCAAUCAUCAAGAGCCGAGUCUACCAAAAAUCCACUUGAGGAGGUCAAAGGUGAAAGCCUUUCGUCGCCGCUGGACAAACCAAUGCCACAUGUGUUGGAUGGUGCGGCGGAUGAAGAUGAAGAACAACCGCAAUUUGUCAAACCCGCUACAACUCUUGAUACUCAAGCAAUAUUUGCUUUGGAUACUCAACUUCUGGACCUGGACAUUCCAGAACCUGAAGGUGGCUGGGAGGCGUUUGGGGAGCCGGCGGAAGAAGCAGAACCAGAGAGAUUGCAGUCUUCCGUGGCAGAUGGAGACGAGGUUGGCGAUAUAGAUGGCUGGAUCGAAACUCAGACUUCCGCUGGCUACGAGAUGGACAACGUCCUAUUGGCACUUAAGUGCACAAGCAUGCAAGCGGAUCUCGCGCAAAUUGUGCUCGACUCUUUCAAGAAUGGACAUGGAAUUCCGCCGGAUAUCCCGGGAGUGUGGAGUGAAGAAGAUGAUGCCAUAUUGGAGGGAUCCGAUGGAAGAAAAUUACGACAGGUGGAGGAGAAACACGGUGCAAAGGCGUUCAAUUUGCGGAUGGAGUUUCUUGAGUCUUACCGCGAAUGCUGAUUGAUGUCGCGGUUUGAUUUGAUACUAAUCGACUAUUUUAAUUUUCCCGGUUCUUCUAUCAAGAGAUUUAACAACGUAGUUCAUUCUUGACAGCUC